AUGUUAGUGUCACUUCCGGACGAUUUGGACCUACAGCGAUUGGCAGAAAUCGCGGACAAAAUAUAUGAGAAUAAACCUCCGGGAACUGCUUCUGCGACACCACUACAACCUAUUGUCUCUUCAGUCCCCCAAGUUCGAACCCCAAUCCUAGGAGCGGAUUUCCUCGCUCACUUUAACUUGUCCGUUAAUAUGUCUUCCCUUUCUUUGGAGGAUAAAACGACCAACAUUACAAGGAAAGGAAUUACAUCUAUCUAUACGAGCACAUGUAUCAGCGCAACUCUACCUGAAGCCAACGGAAUGCAGGAUCUGUUACAAAAAUAUUCUCAAAUUACAACACCAUUCCGGUAUACAGAAACCGUUCGUCACAAUGCUGAGCACCACAUUGAUACUACGGGCCCACCCACGCAUUCAUCUCCACGGCGAUUGAGGCCUGAUAAAUAUAAACUGGCGAAAGACGAGUUUCAGCACAUGCUGGACCUCGGUAUAAUUAGACCUUCUUCGAGUCCUUACUCAUCUCCUCUUCAUAUGGUUCCAAAACCGGACUCAGGAGCUUGGAGACCUUGUGGCGACUUCCGGAAGCUGAAUGCUACUACAAUUCCGGAUAAAUACCCCAUCCCGCACUUGCACGAUUUCGCAGUGGGUCUGCAGGGGCGCCACAGAGAGAUCGAGCGGGCUCUCAGUGUCGACGGUAGUGCCUUUAAUUUGGUCGCGGAAGAUGAGGCAGAGGAUGAGGGGCGAAAAGUCUGUGGUGGAGAUGAUGGUGUUGACAGUUUUUGUGUCAGUGUUGGUGGUGUUGAUAUUGGUGAUGAUGGUUUUGGUGGUGUUGAUGUUGGUGGUGAUGGUUUUCGUGGUGUUGAUGUUGGUGGUGAUGGUUUUCGUGUAGCCGAGGCCUCUUCCCCAGAGCUGUUUGGGGUGGUGCCCUUGCUGUUCUUCUUAUUGGUCGGACGUGCUGCUGCUUGCACCCUCCUCAUCCCCUUACCAACAACCUUCCAAUCCCCUUCACCUACUGUAGGCAAGGGGGAAGCGGGAACAGAGGUCUUGUUUGCGGGCAUAUUCAAGGACUCGGGGACACUCUUGCUGCUGCUAUUUCUUAGCAGCUCCUUUUCCCGGGACAUCCUGCUGUGGAGGCGGAGUUGUCGCUUUGGCUCACCUCCUCACCACUUCAGUCCAUUCGCUGGAGGCCUUCUUUGGAACAUCCGCCUUGGGUUGCUCAGUUGUUGCUUGAGGCUGUGGUGCCGGGUUUCUGUUCGGACACAACUUUGGGCUCCCCUUUCCCCACUUCCCAAAACUCCUCCAGCUAAAACCGCUCCCCCUAUAAACCCCGUCGCCCAACACUCGUCCUUCCAACACUCCUCUUCCAACACCCCUCCAUCCAACACUCCUUCUUCUGACUCCCACCACUACCAGCACUCACCCCUCAAAAAAGAGGCCAUUCCCGAGAGGGGAAAAAUAUACAAAGUUCUCUUCCUGGUGACCAACUCCCUUCUUUCUUCACUUAUUUUCUUCCCGUCCGCCUGGAAAUUACGCUUUUCUUUUACGGUCGCUAGAAGGUGGAAAUCUACAUAA